CGUCGCCACCGCUCACCCUCGGCGCACUGGAUUUACCGCCCGCCGCGGCCCCGCGCCUCGGCCCCAUGCGGGGCAUCGGCACCAGCGGCUAGAAGGGGACCUGGAUGGCCGUGGCUGAAGGCGGCUGGUGCGCGGUGAAGCGGUGUGCUGCGGACGCCGGUGUUCCCUCCUGUCCCUUCGCCACCAGGGAGCCGCACCCGUCUCCUCCUUCGCCCUCCUCCUCCUCGUCCUCCUCCGGCUCCCAGGGUGAACGCGGCUCCUCCAAGACUCCUCGGCCGGAGACCGACGACAGCCACCGGCCGGCCCCGCCGCCGCCCCCCGCUGCCGAAGGCAGGUCUCUGCUCGCCCCCUACGUGCACUUCGGGGCCCCCCACCCCUCCGGCCGGCUCAGCUGGGAGGACAUUCUGCUCUUUGCGGACUUAGACCAAACUAACAAGCUGAUCUGGUCCAGCCGCGGCCCCAAGCUGAGCGCCCUCGGCGCCGAGCAACCCGAGGAGAUGUACCAGACCCUCGCUAUCUCGGCCGCCCAGGGCCCCACGCCUUACGACGGAUCUCCGGGCGGCUUCAUGCACUCCACGCCCAGCUCGCCCGUGUACGUACCCACGACCCGCGUGGGCUCCAUGCUGCCCACGCUGCCAUACCUGCAAGGCAGCGGGGCGGCCCAGCCCAGCCACCCGGGCGGCGGCCACGCCGUCUGGUCCCAGCCAGCCGCGGAAAGCCCCUCGUACAGCACCGGCGGCGGCUCCCACCCCUCGGGCCGCUUCCCCUAUUCGCCCAGCCCGCCGGUGGCCAACGGGGCCUCCCGGGAGCCCGGUGCCUACAGCAACAGCCUGGGCGCCAGGGACCAGUACAGCCCCCUGGCCCGGCCGCUCAAUGGCUCCUACCCGGGGCCCUACACGUCCUACGUGGGGCCGCAGCUCACCCCCGCCUGGCCCACGGCGUCCUUCGAGAACUCCAUGCUGCACUGCCUCCAGGGCCGGGCCGCCCCCAUUCCCGUCCGGGCACCCAGCGCAGAGCUGCUGGAGGACCUGUCCGAGAGCCGGGAGUGCGUCAACUGCGGCUCCAUCCAGACCCCACUGUGGAGGAGAGAUGGCACCGGCAACUACCUGUGCAAUGCCUGCGGGCUCUACACCAAAAUGAACGGCCUCAGCCGGCCCCUCAUCAAGCCCCAAAAGAGAGUGCCUUCGUCGCGGCGGCUGGGCUUGUCCUGUGCCAACUGCCACACCACGACCACCACCCUGUGGCGCAGGAACGCGGAGGGUGAGCCCGUCUGCAACGCCUGCGGCCUCUACAUGAAGCUCCACGGGGUUCCCCGACCUCUUGCUAUGAAAAAAGAAGGAAUUCAGACGAGGAAGCGAAAACCUAAGAACAUAAAUAAAUCAAAGGCAUGCUCUGGUAACAGUACUACUGCAGUUCCUAUGACUCCAACAUCCACAUCUUCUACUAACUCAGAUGACUGUAGCAAAACUGCCUCUCCCAGCGCACAGACUGCAGCCUCCGGGGCGAGCUCGUCAGUGAUGUCUGGCCCAGGAGAGAGCACCAGUCCCGAAAGCAGCAACCUUAAGUAUUCAGGUCAAGAUGGGCUGUACACAGGAGUCAGCCUGACCUCCACGGCCGAAGUGACAGCAUCUGUGAGACAGGAUCCCUGGUGUGCCCUGGCUCUGGCAUGACCCGGUGUGAGGGAAGCUGGAUCCUGGUGCUGCACGGCAGCCCCCAGACGUCCACACACAGUUUCUCCUGUGGAGCGGUUGCAGCAGAAGCAAGAGUGCUGGCAAAGACCAUUCCUGAAACAGUUUUUGAGCCUUGGGGGCAGAGGUGUUUUUCAGCCUCUGAAAGAGGCUCUGCCAAAGCAUCCAGUUCCUCAUCUAUGCAAGAAAAAUAUAGGGAAAGCAAAUGACCACCGGGGAUAGCUAAUGCAGCCUUACAAUCUCAAAAAAACCCUCAAAACCCCCAAAACAAAUAAAAAAAAAAAAGAAAAAAAAAGAAAAAGAAAAAAACAUAUAAACCUAAGACCUAUUGACAGGUUCCAGAAAUACAUCUUCAACUUACCCAGCAGCGCUGCCUUUCUGAUUGCAUAGUUGUUUUCACUCUCUCAUCACCUUUUCCCCUAAGAAUUUGGUGGAAGCCAUCAUUGUCGGGGAGGAAGUAGCAAAGACUUUAAUUACCAGAGAUAGUGAGAUACUUUUUAAUGAGUGACAGAAGUGCGUGUGGCUUGAGUCGGCACAGACUUCUUGCACUGAACAUUUGAUAUCUUUGCCCCGUCAGACCUCUUCCCUCCUUUGCCCUCCGUCUUCAGUGUGCCUUGCUCUGCUCCUCAGAGCCCAGCUAUGCCCCUGGAAGAAAUCACGUUUGGUACAAGUCCCACAAGGUCCAGCUGGUUAAGGAGAUUUCGGGGUUUGUUUUUUUCCUGGUUUAAGAUAUUUACUCACUUUGCAAGACUGCGAUUUAACUUUUAAAAUACACUGUGACUGAGAUUUAUGAAAGUUCAUAUUUUCUGGCUGAACUGUAUAGAGUCAGUCGAAAUUUGUAAACAGGGUAGCAAUCAGAUAUUUUUCUUCCAUAUAUACAAUAAUUUUUUAAAAGAAGUGCAAUUUGCGUUGCAGCAAUCAGUGUUAAAUCAUUUGCAUAAGAUUUAACAACGGUUUUUAUACGAAUGAAUGUAAACAUUUUAACUUAAUGGUACGUAAGUAAUUUAAAAGAAAAACUUAACUAGGCAUCCUUAGGCUUUUUAGCUCAACAAAAAUGCAUCCACUUUCUGUAUUUCCAGUUGUUAAAGCAAGAGUUUCAAAGAACAAGCCUUCUCUCAGGAAAAUUGCCCUAGCCACUUGCUCAAAAGUGUUGUACAAAAAUGCAAAUGCAUCCCCAAGGCUUUUUUUGCCAUUGAAUAACUGUGUGCUGGAAAGAAACAAAUUGCAAUGAACCUUUACUACCUAACUGAUAUAUUUGUAAAUACUACAGAAGAUAUCUUGAAGGCAUCUUGAAAAUGUAGGAUGCAAUCUGUAUAGUGUGACUGACAUAUAGUUAGGUUGGUUUCCAUUGGUUUUUAAGUGGGAUGUCAUUUGGAAAGUUGUUUCAUCAGAGCUUUAAAAAUAAAAGGGUAUCAUUUUGAGAUUUUUUUUUUCCUGUACAGUGUACCUUCUCCUUUGUCUCUGACACAAUUGUUAAGCUAUGCUAAAAGCUAUGGAAAUGUACCUGAUACAGGCGGCAUGUCUGAUGGCUGCCCAGAGGUCUCCAGCUGAAGUGCCUGCUCUGUCUAUCUAAGUCUGCAUCGUGUGUGGCUUUUCUGCAGCUUCCCUCAAUAUACCCUCUGAUGAUAUGUAAAACUAAGGCCUUCACCUAUGAAUAUAAGCUCGACAUGGGCACACGUGAUAUUUUUCUGACGUCUGGGGAACUGAGCCCAUGCCCUGUGAGGACUAUCAUGGUUUUUGUUGGCCUUCACACCAUAGCUAAAGGGUCUACCCAGUGGUGAGUAGGCAAAUACCAGAAUGUCACCCACUACAGACACAACUGCUGAGUGGCAGAGCCUUUGUGUGCCUGCUGGCAUCCUCCGGUGACCAAAGGUGAAGGGCACCAAAAAGUGAUGGCACUGCUGCUGAAAAGAGAAAACAGUGAAUUUUAGAUACUGAGGGAAGUGGAAAACCUUUUGCUGGCUCUGAGGACUGGUCCUCUUUCUUCAUUGCUCAGCUGACUGGAGCAAGACUUACUACCAUGUAUGACAUUUUCAGCCACGUCACCAGUUCUGUUGGACUGGGAAGCUGGGAUGCCCAACCUCCAUACCCAGUGACCUGCAGUUUCUGCAAUGCAUCUUUUUGCCUCUCUGUGCCAGAUCUUUUUUUUAGGUAAAUUGUGGUAGGUCCUUGGCCUGUGGCGAAGCUGUGCAGACUUGCACCAGCCAAGAAUCUGCCCCUUGGUUUUCAAACCUCACCAUUGAGGUUACCUCCUUACCCCGAGGGUAUUGUGAGGACCAUGGAAUGAAUGAUGCUGUACAGCCACAGCAGGAAAACAGCAAAAAGGAGUCAGGCCAAGCCUCACCUAGGGUUUAAGUUGCUGUGGCCAGCCAGGAGUGGGGAUCACUCACCCUUCCUGGCGUGACCCUUGUGCCACACUUGGUACUGAGCUACCUGACAUCCUUGCUGCCUGUGGGUUGAUGUGGCCAGGUACCCCAGCCCUGCUAGCCCUGGGGCCUUGGAUCUUGUGAUUUACAAAAAUAAAUACCUAUCUCAGUGCAAGGUGAGCCAUGCAAAGAAACACUGGGUUUAAAAAGCAACAGAUGUGGAGAAGACGGUGAAUAUCCUUCCUUUUAAAGCAUUUAUUGACUAAAAUGCCCUUACUUGUGAUUUUCCAGUAAGCUGCUGCUAAGUGGUGUUGCAGAGUGUUCAGCUUUAUCUAGGGUCGGCAUCCUUUUUUAUUUCCCUUUUUCUUGCCAGGGUGAAAUUUGGUGUGCCAAUUCUGAAGAGCCUAGCACAUAACUCAUACUUGCUGGAUAUGUCAGAGCUGCGUUUCUUGGAGUUAUCAUAAAACAGGAGGUUUAGAGCAGCGUGUUCCAGUUUUGUGCUGCUGGUUGCUGAAGCUCUUGCUGGCAGCCUGUGGAAGGCCACGUUGCUUUGAAACCCUGUGGCACAAUUUAAGAGCACUCCUAGGAGGCCCUGCUCCCUUCUCAGCACCACCUUGACCCAAGGUCUGUCUUAGGGUGGUUUCUACAGAUAGUAAGUAUUGCAGGGGACAUAUGAACCUUUCUCUUGGAUCUGAGGAUGAAAAUGCUCUUUUAGGGGAAAAAAACCCAUAGAAAACCCCCAGUAUUUCAUAGGGAAGGUAUUUCCAUUUUUUUUUCUAUCAACAAAUCAAGAACGGAAUACUUUGCCUCCUUGGACCAGAAGCAAUGCUGUCAGGUUUUCAAACCUCUGUAAGAGUAAAGGGGGAUGCAGUACCAUGUUGCCUUACUGUAUAGGUGCUGAGGAGCUCAAAGCCAGGUGCCUUGUUAUGAUUUUACAUAGAAAAAGAUUGUAGGAAGAGUACAUCCCUACUUACCAAAACUCCUCUCUAAGUGUACUGAUUGCUGGAGCUGCUACUCCUAGAUGAAAUAAAAAUUUCUUUUUUUUUUUUUUUUUUGCAUUUUAGUCUUGCUGAGCUGGCAUAGCUCUCUGAGUGUGUGAGCUGGACUUUGCUGUGGCUCAUACAUCAUCAGUAUCACUGCUUUUCUCUCUUAUCCCCAUUUCUCUUCAGUGACAGCCCUGGGGUGGGCUGAGAAAGAACAAAGAAAGAGUUUGACCAUGAGUUUUGGUUCCUAGUGAGGCUGAACAAGCCAGAUUGACCCCAGAGCAUCUCUUUAGUACUGUCAUGAAGCUUCAGAAUUGACAUUUGUGGGUGAAAAGAAGGCAUAUGUCUACUUGUCACUUUAGCACCUUUUCUCUGAAAACAGUAAAAAUUAAAUAGCCAGUGUCCCAAAGCAUCUGCUUCAGGGUCCCCCACCAAACAAUACUCGAAGGCUCAAAUUUGCUUGGGUAGCCCCCCAGGAUCAGACUGCUCCUGGCCACGUGUGUUACUCUGGCAUCCAAUAUUCCCUAGGUCCUAGAUUCUGUUUUAGUAGUCUUCCUGACACCCUCACUCAUAAUUUUUUUUUUCCUGUUCAAAUUGCUUGAAAUAAGUUGAAAUCCCUACUGUGGUUCAGAGUGGUAUUUUUCAGCAUGGCAUUGAGGGUGUAUACUGCUGUGGUUUGAGUGCUUUAGAGGUGCUGGAGGGUGCAACAGCUGCUGGGUUUUGGUUGGUAAAGCAAAAAGAAGCAGCCUUGGAUGCUGCCCAAAGGGAGUAAUAGGUGCCUGUCUGUUUCUAGAACUGCAAGUGGACUUUUUUUCAUGUGAAUGAUCAGCGGGCAAGGACCUGUGUGUGAAGUAAGGAACCAAACUAGCUGAUUUGCUGUAUAGAACUUGGGUAAUAUAGUGUCUGUUCCUGCACAAAAAUAAUGUAACUUCUGCUUCUAAGAGAAGAAGGGAUUUAGGAGUAACACCCUGCCCCUGCUGUUGUGAGCCUUAGUUGAGCAUAGGCUGCAGAAACCCAAAAUGGACUUCAACCCUUCUGUGCGCUCUUCCUUUAUCCAGCUGUCAUGAACUUCAUUCCUCACAGAUCCUCCAGUUCCUAAGUCUGUAUACACUGGACAUUCCAGGGUUGUGUCAAACACACUGAAUUCAGUAUUAAAAUAUAGGGCAAGGGUUAUUGCAGUGGGCCAGUGAGAAGGAAACUGAGGGCUUGAGGAGCAGUUUCAUGUGCCUUCUGCUCCACAUGUUGCAAAAGGCUUGAGGUCUUCACUGUGUAUUUGUAAUGUGUUUUGGAAACACUUCUUAAUCUUUCCUUAAAGAUAUCUGAUGGAAGUUGGUAUCAUAUGUAGGAGAGGGGAGUAGAAUUUCACAGAAUCACAGAAACAUUUAGGUUGGCAAAGACUUUCAAGAUCAUCAAGUCCAACCUUUGACCUAUAAAUUUAGGUGCCUGGGUGGAUAUGCAGUCAAACAAGAGUUGUCAAAGCGAUGUUGUAACCAAAAGCGCUAAUGUACCCCUUGAACAGAGAAUCAGGAAAACAGUGAGUUGGAGUAAGGAGGUAAUAUUACUUUGGAAUGCUGCAUCCAGACCUGGCAUCCACAUUUGAAAAGGGUGUUUAAAAAUUGGCAAAGGUAGGGAAAAGAAUCACUGAAAUGAUUUAUGAACUGGGGAAAAUAUCUAGUCUUGAUAAAUUCAAAGACCACGGUCUGCUUAGAAUACCUAAAGAAAGACUAAAAUGUGACUGGUGUAGUAAGUCUCUUCAUGAAGAGAACAUGAUAGGUGCUAGGAGGCCUUUGACCUUGUAGAGAAAGACAUGACAAGAUCUAGUGGCCAGAAGGUGAAGCUGGAUUAAUUAAAAUGAUCAUUUAGCUUCAGCUGAAACAGUGAACAUAAUUAGUGAUGGGAGCGAUAGCAAGGGAGGAAGACGAGUGCUCAAUCUCUUGUUGCCAUUGCAACAAAGCUGGCUGGAAGACCAGCUUUAGCUGACCAAAAGUGACUGGGGUCAGGACUGAGCGGGUUACAUCUGCUGCAUCAUGAUUUAUAAGCUGUAUUAGUUUCCAUUUGGUCUGAAACCGUAUUACUUUUUGGGAUGAGACCCAAUGCUGAGAUCUUGAAUUUUUGUUGUUAUUAAAAAAACUAUGGCAUUCUUCCUGAGAGCCGUGGUAAACACUGUGGUGUUUUGACCCAGUUUCAGCAUAAGUAAUUAUUUUUUUGCUUACCUAAAACGUCCUACUUCCUCUCCAAAACUGUCCCACAUCUUUGUUGUUUCCUGUUAAAUACAACCUGAGUUCUAUAGAAGAAAAGGCCACAUUUCAAAGUUGAACAAACGAGACAUGAAAUUCUGUCCUGUCUUAUGGCAUAGCACGCAGACAGGGGCUGCUAAACAGCCCCUGCUCUUGGAGAAGCAGGAAGGAAACCUUCUCUGAAGACUGCGGUCUGCAGGCCUUCAGUCUGUGACCUUUCGAUGCUGUGAAGACCGCAGCCUGAAGAAGGAACAGAGGCAUGUGGGUCAUCUUACGAAUGCAGCAAUUUAAAAAAAAACCAGCGCGAUGGGAGGUUUCUGUUAGCGCACUGAACCCCACUUGGGAUCCAGAUUCUACUUGUUCCUCUCAUGGGAAUAAAUAACACUUAAAAUAAUGCUGCUUUUUGUGCCUUGCUUACAGAGGACCCAGUCUUGUGGCACGAGAGGGUGGGGAUGAGCUUUGUCUGUUUCGCUGGUCAUUCAUCUGACCCCUUUGCAGUAGAGAGGAGUCCCAAACCGGCCAGGCAGAUCCUGAUCAAGGUGAGAGCCUGGGUACUGGAAAAUAGCAUUACAAUUUUAACAAAAGGGAGAAAAAAUUGCUCAAAAGGCUGACCAAUAAAAUGUUUAUUCUUUUCGCAACUACCAAGUGAUACCUUCAAGGUAUCACUCAGAAUAGGCAUGAAACAAUUUUACUCUGUAAACUUCAGGAACUCUCAGAAAAUUAAAAAAGGCAACUUCUCAGAAAGCAUUGUUAGGAUUAAAUGUGCUCAAGGCAGAAGGAGGCAAAGGAUGUCUUUAGAGCUCCCACUUUGUUACCCAGUCUUAUGCUUUGCUCUGAGAAGUGAUAAAAUUCCUGGGACUAAAUGAAAGCUUUGUAUAAGCAGGAAAUUCAGGAAAAACAGCUUGUUUUUCUAAGCCUCCAUGAUCAGUUUUCAGCGAAAGUAAGAGACUUUAAGCAUAGAUUCCAGCAGAUUUGGGCUUUGUAAACAAGAUACUGAUGUCUUACCAUUUCUCUGUGUCCAAGCUCACCAGGGAAGACAUGGACAGGCACUGACAGCUGUGUGCUGUACCUCUUCUCCAUUGUAAAUCAGUCCUGAUCCCACUGUAGGAUUAGUUUUUGGCAUGCAGUUUUCCCUUAUGCAGGUAGCUAGGGAUGUGAGCUGGAGUGCUUGCAUCAGGAUUGGGCAACAGGGUCAAAUCUGUCACUCUGCAAAACCCUUUCUUAUCUAAAGCAAAGGAUUAGAACUUCUGAAAUGAGCCACAUAUAAGAAAACUCGGGGAAAAACUGAAAGAAACUCCUAUUUCACACCUGUAGUGUACUGAGGCACUAUGGUGUUUGUAUACACUCUACUUUUCCUGUUCCGGGCAACCUGAAAGGUGGUCAGGAUGCUUUAGUCAUGAGUCAAUGUACUCCAUUGAUGGGGAAACCUAUGGGGGAGUGAAAUGUUAACUCUGAGGUUUCAGCUCUGAUAAAUCUUAACCUAGCCUCUCUAUUCCCAUAGAUUUACACUGACAUCUUCCAUAUCCCUCCCAGCCCUAGGCCUGCUCUUGCUCCCCUUGCAGUCAGGAGUGGAACUGCACACAGCUCAGUGGCAUAGGUGAACUCCAGUUUAUAAGGAAACUUCAAAAGAGACAAGCCCAGCCCUACAUUAUGGCCAGCUAAAGCAGGCAAGUACAUGGGAAGCAGCAAGUAGCCUGGUUUGAGGUGAAAGCUGUGUUAGCAACAAAGGCAAAUUUGACACCUUUGUAAUUAAUGAGGCAGCUACUUAGAUCAAGCCCCAGUCAUUGGGAGGAACCUUGUAAAAGGCAGAGGAAUUCAGGGCAAGCUUUAGCCAGCUUUCCCAAGCAGUUUGAGCUGGCCAGUCUGUGGUUCAGGGGCUUGCCAGGUGCCAGAGCUAACAGGCAAUCUUGGCCAUCAGAAGCCCUGACUACCACCUGUACCUAGGGGAGGAUAUGUCAGCCCUUUGCUGUUGGGGCAUUAAUUGUCAUGCUCCCACCUCCAGCACCCAAGUGGUGGUGCAGGAGAGCGGUGUUCAUCUGGGAUGCUGCUGAGAGAACUUGCACUUCAGGCCCAGAAAUUCAGUUUUGAGCAAAAAUGGCCAGUUUAAAGGAUACUCCCUGUGUUUAAAAAAAAUGUAUGUGCUACCUACUCAGGAUGAGUGGAAAGGAAGCAAGGUAGUAAGGGUCAGAAGGAGCUCUGCUAAUAAAAAGCAUUGCAACAGAAGGCAGUGGGAAUAUACCUUUUCAGGGAGAAGAUUUCAGAUUUAAGAUUAAGGACAGCUGCAGCACAAGAGAAAAAGCAGGAUGAACCAGAAGCUGCAGUGUGAUCAGAUCAAGUCUUUUCAGCAGAAGUUUUUGAAGAUACUUAAUUUGCUGUUCUAAUUCCAUGAGCUGAAAGUAUUUGGUUUUUAAAAAAAAAAUCAUUUUCAUUACAGCCAGGCUUCUUUGACAGGAAUACAAAUAUUUUGCAGAACCUCUUUGGUUGAGAAAAUGAAUUUUUAGUUGUCUCUUCUAUUGAUAGCAAACGUCUUAGUGGAGUUAAGGGAAAUUUAUAAUUUGCCAGACUUUUUGUUGCAGUAAUUUUGCAGUAAUUUUGGCAUGAUCUGCACUUCCCUUGCUUGCAUCUGAGAAUACUUUUAGACACCCACAGACACAGUGGCUACAUGCUGUCCUGAAGACAACUGCCCCCAAAAGAGAGUCCUCCAGAAGGGCGUAACCUGGCCCAGAAAGUCUGUAUGAGUUUAGGAAUGUGUAAAGGAAAUAUAGCCCAAAUUAAAUGGAUCUUUUAGGCAAAAUCAUUCUAAGUGGAGAGGGGACUUAGCUAUGUAAGCAGACAAGGUAAAAGCACUGGGGAGAGACAGCAGUGACUAUCUGAGCUCUCUUAAUCACCUAACCUCAUCAGCCGUGCUGUCUUCAGCCUCAUCAGCAGGUGAAUGGGGGCAAGAGAAAGCCACCGACACUGUUCUUUUUGGCUGCCAUCCUCAGCUGCAGGAUGGCCCCAAUACAUGAACACCGGGGCUGUGUCUCAGUCAGCAGGCUUGGACAGUGUGCAUCCUGAGAGGGCUUCCCUGGCCCUAUGGAGAAGGGAGGUUCAUUUUCUAGACACAGAUAAGAUCACAGAUCAGAUUCACUCCUCUGUUCUGUGUAUACUAUUAUGCUUCUAUGAAUUAAGCAUGUAGGCAGGGAAAAGGACAACAUCCUUCUACUAAUAAAUACAGAGCAGAUAACUGAAAGAAUGAACGUGAGAGAUUCACUGUCUGAAAAGUUAAGCAGCAUACUUGAGGCCUGCAGUAUAUUUUUAGUUAGCAUUAUUAUUUAAAGUGAGCAGUAGUGAAAAGGCUCCUCGAGUUCUCUGAUAGCAUAUUCAUUAGCUAAUCAACAGAGCUAUUAUUUUCUCUGAAGUAUGCCCUACUUUGUGGUACUAAAGUGCACACACUGAUUUACUGGUAAGGGUAAUUAAAGGGCAUGUCAUAAACACCACUGACAUCAUGGAAUAUUGCUCUUUAACCAUCUCUCCAGUUAACUCUUCCACAUGGAAAAAUAUAUUUUGCAGCUGAUCCUCACCUGGUAUCAAGUGUUCAUUCUCCAUCUUCUAGCAUCACUGCAGUUUUGUGAACCCAUGGCAGCAGAAGAUGUAGUUUUACACUUAUGGCUUCCCACACCCAUCAAGUAUAUGCAUUUGAAAGUGUUUCAUACAUCAGAAUUUGCAAAAUCUAAUGGAAAUCUAAUGUAUAAGGGGAAGGCCAGGUAGGUUGGAAGAUCUAUAGCUAAACUAGGCAUUCCAAACAUAUAUCUCUAUGUAGCUGUACAUAUGGGCUGCAAAAUUUGGAGGAUCUUCAGCACUGAAGUCUGAAAAUUGGGGGUGCUUUGCAUCCAGUGGAGCUGCUGGCUUGUGAAUGCUGUAGUGGCAUGUGGGUGUGUAAGUGAGCAAGAGAACAUCAACCCAGGUGGUUCCUUCUUUUUACUUGCUUUGCCUCCUUCCUUCUUCAGCUCCUUCCCUUUUUUUCUCCCUCUCCCACUCUGUUCCGUCCUAUGCAUUUUGGUUUGUUUCUUCCCAGCUACAGGUUUUUCUCCUAUAUAUUUUCUGGACAAUUGAGGGAUUGG